AUGCCAAGUUGUCGGAGAGUCAACUUGAACGCAUUGCUAUACUGGCAACGUGACGGACAUUGGAACAAGCGUUGCUUUCUAUUCCACAGGAGACUUGCUGGCGAGAUUGCCAUUCCCGAUUACCAGCCAGGUGCACAGAAGGCCUCCCGCUUCAAAGGAGAGCCUAUGGCACUUAUCUACAGUAUGCCUACACCUGGAUCCUCUAUCUCUGUCAUUGGGGCCUACUCCGAGGAAGAGCGAGGAGACACCCUAACAACGCCUAGUCUACCUACGUUAAAGCCAUCUCCAUUUUUGAGGGCGUGUCUCUCGUCGGUUCCUUUGGAGAAUGUUGCCAUCACCCAAAUCUUCUACAGCAGAACCAGUGGGCUUUGCAGAGACAUUGUGUUGAAGUACGAAACUGGGCCUGAGCGAGCACUUGGAGAAUGCCGACUCGGCGUCGCCCCGGCCAAAUUACAUAUAUCAAACCAGUCAGGAUCUGAAUCUUCCGCACCACGUACGAUCCAUUGA